AUGGGUAGCCGUGGAGAUGAGGUAGCUCUCAGUCUUACAGCACCCGCUGAUGCCGAGAAUCAUCAUGAGAUCGUGGACGUGGUUGAUCUGCUGCCCGGCCCCAUCUGGCACAUCAUCUUCCGCCACCUGCUGCUGGGUAGCUCCUCCGGCGCAUCACAACAGGGAGGAGCAGGCAGCGACUCCGGCGCAUCACUUCUUAGUCGCCUCAAAAAGAAGCUGCAGAGUCUGGGUAACUCCUCGGGCGCAUCACAGGAGGGAGGAGGCAGCACCUCGCCGGGUGCCACUGGGAGUGGACUUCUGAGUCGACUGAAAAAGAAACUGCAGAAUUGGGGUAAUUCCUCGGGCGCGUCGCAGGAGGGAGGAGCAGGAGACGCGUCCUUCGGCUCCUGCUGGCCUCUGCUGCGCUGCGCCAUGUUGCUGCUGCAUUCCGAAUUUCUGGGGGAGUUUGAGCAGCUGCAGAAGCUGGAGCUAGGAGGUUAUGGGAUUUGGAAAUUAGGCAGCCUGAAUCCUGCAAUGUUCCAGGCUUUAAGGAGUCUGAGCAUCCACGAUUUCGAGCGCGAGAGGAAUGCUCUGCCCUUUCUUUCAUCCAUCGCUCCGCAGCUGCAUGAAUUCGCUCUCGCCUCCUCCAGCCUCACCUCCCCUACCACCCUCAAUUUUAAGUUUGCCGCUGCUCGAGCUAUCACAGUCUGCUUUGAGGGAGAAUCGCUUCACCUCCGCUUCGCCCUGCCUGCCUCUUUAAAGUCCUUCUCUGCCACUGCGUGGUUUCUUCGCGUGGAUUGCACAUGCAACAGCCGUGUCUCUCUCGACUCGCUCUCUCUCAUUGGCCGCUCGCAGCUUCUCGUUUCUUCACUACCAUUGGCUGCCGCCAAAUCUGUCUACUUGAACGGACCAGCCAAUCGAGAAAACCAGUCGCGUGGUUUUCCCUGUUCCGAUCUCGAAUCUCAGCGCACCGUGACCCACCUGCUCAGCAGCAUAGCGCCUACAGUGGAGAUGCUUGUAUUGAGGCGGGUGCUCUCAUCUGCUGCCAUGCGGGUGCUCUCAUCUGCUGCCAGGCGGGUGCUCUCAUCUGCUGCCAGGCUGGUGCUCUCAUCUGCUGCCAGGCGGGUGCUCUCAUCUGCUGCCAGGCGGGUGCUCUCAUCUGCUGCCAGGCGGGUGCUCUCAUCUGCUGCCAGGCGGGUGCUCUCAUCUGCUGCCAGGCGGGUGCUCUCAUCUGCUGCCAGGCGGGUGCUCUCAUCUGCUGCCAUGCGGGUGCUCUCAUCUGCUGCCAGGCGGGUGCUCUCAUCUGCUGCCAGGCGGGUGCUCUCAUCUGCUGCCAGGCGGGUGCUCUCAUCUGCUGCCAUGCGGGUGCUCUCAUCUGCUGCCAUGCGGGUGCUCUCAUCUGCUGCCAUGCGGGUGCUCUCAUCUGCUGCCAGGCGGGUGCUCUCAUCUGCUGCCAUGCGGGUGCUCUCAUCUGCUGCCAGGCGGGUGCUCUCAUCUGCUGCCAGGCGGGUGCUCUCAUCUGCUGCCAGGCGGGUGCUCUCAUCUGCUGCCAGGCGGGUGCUCUCAUCUGCUGCCAGGCGGGUGCUCUCAUCUGCUGCCAGGCGGGUGCUCUCAUCUGCUGCCAUGCGGGUGCUCUCAUCUGCUGCCAGGCGGGUGCUCUCAUCUGCUGCCAGGCGGGUGCUCUCAUCUGCUGCCAGGCGGGUGCUCUCAUCUGCUGCCAUGCGGGUGCUCUCAUCUGCUGCCAUGCGGGUGCUCUCAUCUGCUGCCAGGCGGGUGCUCUCAUCUGCUGCCAGGCGGGUGCUCUCAUCUGCUGCCAUGCGGGUGCUCUCAUCUGCUGCCAUGCGGGUGCUCUCAUCUGCUGCCAGGCGGGUGCUCUCAUCUGCUGCCAGGCGGGUGCUCUCAUCUGCUGCCAGGCGGGUGCUCUCAUCUGCUGCCAGGCGGGUGCUCUCAUCUGCUGCCAGGCGGGUGCUCUCAUCUGCUGCCAUGCGGGUGCUCUCAUCUGCUGCCAGGCGGGUGCUCUCAUCUGCUGCCAGGCGGGUGCUCUCAUCUGCUGCCACGCGGGUGCUCUCAUCUGCUGCCAGGCGGGUGCUCUCAUCUGCUGCCAGGCGGGUGCUCUCAUCUGCUGCCAGGCGGUGCUCUCACCUGCUGCCAGCAGUGUGA